AUGCCGCGCCGCAAGCCAGUGAAGCCGGUGAAGCCCUCAUGUGACAAGUGCGGUGAAGACCUGGAGGGGCCGUGCCCGGCGUGCAACAAGUUGUUUUGCGCUGAAUGCGAUCCGCUCGGCGGCUAUUGCAACGGCUGCGAGAAGCUCUUCUGUGGCUGCUACGCCGGUCGCAUGCAGAUGGUCUCGUGGGAUCGCCACCUCAUGGAUGAUUGCGAGGAGUGCGAGAGCUGCCGCGUGUUGCCCUCUGAAAUGGACAGGCUCGCCGCCAAACGCGACGACGACGAAAGAGCGGCCCUGCCAUUCUUUGCAAACCAAAAGGCUCUGGUGGACUCGCUCCUCUCAUGCACGAGCCUGGCAGCCUUCUUCACUCUCCCGACGUGUGCCACAGCGCGAGCCGUCAAGCUGGCCUUCCUCAGCGCGCGCAUGCACGCGCGCGAGAGCCGUCAUCCGCAGCGCCACGCCGCCGUCCUGCUGCUUCAGCGCCUCAAGCGCAAGGCUAUGGAGCUGGCGAGUCCUCCUGACAGGCCGUGGAACCACCGCGAUGAACUGAUCCAGGCGGAGAACGACGACGUCGACAUCGCUGACGGCUACUGCGAUUGGCUUGACGCCUCGACCGGACGCGAAGACGUCGACGACGAAGACGGCUACGACUGGGCUGGCGCCUGGGCAGCGGCGGCAACGAUGCUGGUGAGUGAGGAUGUGGCCGAAGCCGCCGCUACCGCCGAUGCACACCCGGUUCUGGUGCGCACAUUUCUCCUCCGCGCCGCUGCUGAAGCGGCCGGGCCCUCGGCCGUCGGAGCCGAGCCCGUCGGGGCCGCCGAUCGCCCGUCGGUCGGGCAGAAGCGAAGCCACGAUGUGUAG